AAUUUUUAGUAAGCAAAUCCCAGAAUGCACUGCGGUUAAAAUGUCGAACCACGAUGUCCAACUCGACAAAUAGGGAGCUUGUAAAAUUUAUUUGUUAUGUUUUCUUAGCGUACCUCUUAGACAAAUCUGUCAAAGCAGUACCAGGAGAUUACGUUGACUUUAUAUUAUGCAGAAGUUGUGGACAUGAAAUCCUUCACCCAUCAGCCAUAAUCCAAGUUCCCAGUAAAGUAGCUCACAGACAGAGAAAUGACACCAUUGCUGGCCGAAAUGGGACGCUAAUACAGUUGUUUAAAAACCCAGAUGGUGCCUUCUUUGAGGUGAUCUCUGCCACUGAAGCUAAUCUUACUGAGGUGUCCAAGCCAUCUGACCUUAUGACCUGGUUUCCCGGAUACCACUGGACCAUCUGUGUAUGUCCAAUGUGUAUGAAGCAUGUAGGAUGGAAAUACCAUGCAACAUCCCCAGAGAGAAAGCCCCAGUCCUUCUUUGGAAUAAUUCUAGACAAUAUUUUACAGCAAUCAGAAGCUGAGUCGAUCAUUCACAUACCUAAGGCCUACACCAGCUGACACGGAAUGAUUGUGUUAUAUGUUUAACAUGUAAUACCGCCACAGAUUUCUAAACAAUUUAUCUACAGCGAUUCUUCUUCACAUUGUCAAGACAAAUAAUUGAAAGGUCUAAAAAUGAAUGAUUAAAAUGAUGUGUAAAUGUAUUGCCAUUGAUGUAGAGGUGAUGGGUGUAAGAUAUAUGACUGAUAACCUUGACCCCUUUGACAUGCCAAGGUCAACCUAUUGUAUUUCAUUUUUGCCCAGUGAUAAAAAGAGAGGAUGUGCUUUGAAAUAAAUUAAUUGUUCAUCAAAUUUA